AUGAAAUUAAAAUAUUUGAAUGGAAUUGUAAGCCCUUCGGACGAGAUUGCCUGUGCCGGAGCACUUUGUUUUUCCCCUAAUGGACGUAAACUAGCUGUUUGUACAUUGGAUAGACACGUGUUAUUGUUUGAUGAUAAAUUCCGAAGAAGAGAUAAAUUUGCAACGAAACCGGUUGAUUCGAAGUAUGGAAAGACUGGCUAUUUAAUAAAAAGUGCUUCAUUCUCUCCUGAUUCAAAUAAAUUAGCUAUUGGCCAGACUGAUGAUAUUGUAUUUGUUUAUAAAUUGGGUGAAAAUUGGGACGAGAAGAAAGUAAUUUGUAAUAAAUUUGCACAAUCCUCUUCAUGUGUUGCACUUAUAUGGCCAAGUGAGAGCAAAUUAAUUAUUGGUCUGUUAGAUGGAAAAAUUCGUCAGGCAUCCACAAAUUCAAAUAAAUGUUCUACUCUUUAUAAAGCUUCUGAUGGUGCAAGUGUUUGUGCAAUCGCUCAACAUCCAAACAAAAGGUCAUUUUUAUCUGGUCAUGAAGAUGGUUCAAUGUUUUUGUAUUCAUUUGAUUCGCGAUCUCAUAUUCGUGUUUGUGUACAUACUUGUGCGCCUUAUGCUCUUAUUCUCUCGCAAGUAGGCAUUUUGGCAGCUGGGUCUGAUCGUCGAUUAGUCUCUUAUACAGAAAAUGGACGUCUUCUCCAACAAUUUGAUUAUAGCAGAGAGCCUUACUUGGAAAAAGAAUUUUCUGUGGCAACUUUGGAUACGAGUGGAUUAAAUGCCGUUUUUGGGACUUUUGAUAGAUUUCAUUUAAUGUCUUGGAGUCAAAGAAGAGGUGCUUGGGAUGAAGGAGGUGUUCUAAAUAUUCGAAAUUUAUAUACAAUAAAAUCGCUUGCUUGGAAAUCUGAUGGAUCAAUUUUGGCUUGUUCAAAUAUGUUAGGGGCUGUUAUUGCAAUUGAUUGUUCUAUGAAGGAUUUACAAUUACCAAGUGAGAAUAUUGAUGAAGAUAAUGGUAAAAAAGAAGAAGAAAAUAUUAAAUUAAAACAAAGAAAUGAUACAAACGAUUCUGGAAUGGUUUUACGUUCAAAAAUUGGAGCAGAAUUGGGAGAAGUGAGAAUAAUGGGAAGAGAGCAAAGAUAUGCUAUUGUUUAUACUCCAAGUACUUUAAUACUGGCUGAUAUCUGGACAGGAUUGAGCUCAGAAAUUUCAUGGCAAUCUGGAGGAAAUGAAAAAUUUUAUUUGGACAAUGAAAAUGUUGCUUUUAUUGUAAAUGCUGGUGAAAUUAAUUUUGUAGAAUAUGGGCAAGAUGAAUUAGCUGGUUGGAUAAGAACAGAAAGAGCAAAUCCACACCAAAUUAGUGUUAGAAUACGUCGAUCAAAACAAAAUAGUAAAGAAAUGAUUGAAGAUGUAAGAAGAGUUGCUUAUUUAUUGGACGUUCGAACAAUUAGCAUUAUUGAUAUGGCUAAAAAUAAUCAAAUUGGACAUAUUCAACAUAAUAUUGCUAUUGAUUGGCUUGAGUUAAAUGAGAGAGCCACAAAACUCUUAUUUCGCGAUAUUCGCUCAGCUCUUCAUUUAUUCUCUUUGGAAACAAAACAAACAGUUCAUUUAAUUGGGCAUUGUUCUUAUGUUCAAUGGGUGCCUCAAAGUGAUGUUGUUGUUGCUCAAUCAAAUUCUCAGCUUUGUGUUUGGUAUAAUACAGAUGAAAAUACAGACAGAGUUAAUCAAUUCCCAAUUCUUGGUGAUGUUGAAAUGGUAGCGAGGGAUGCGUCAAGAACUGAAGUUAUUGUUAUGGAAAAUAAUACAAGGGUCGCUUAUGAAUUGGAUAGUGCAAUGAUUGAAUUUAGUUCUGCGCUAGAUGAACUCGAUUUAGGUCGUGCUGUUCUCUUUUUGGAACGGUCUGAACAACGAGGAAUUGGAGUGCAAGCAUUAUGGAGAAAAUUAGCUGAUGUUGCUCUUGAGCAUUCACAUCUUUUUGUUGCUCAAAGAUGCUUUGCUAGUCUAAAUGAUCUAGUUCGAGUUCAAUUUUUACAAGAGACACUUCUGAGAGCUGAAAGUCAAUUUGGAAUGCCUCUUGACUCUCAAGCAUUAUCAGAACAUUUUGAAGUACAAUCAAGACUUGCAAUGAUGACAAAACAAUUUAAACGGGCUGAACGAAUUUUGCUUGAAAAUAAUGCAAUUACUGAAGCAAUAGACAUGUGGAAAAGAAUUGGAGAUUGGGAGAGUGCUAUUCAAUUAGCUAAAGCUAUGAAUUACUCAGAAAUCGAUUCACUCCAAGCCCAAUAUGAACAAUAUUUGAAUGAAACUGGUCAAAAGGAUAAAGCUGCAGAGCUAAAAAUGCGUGAUGGUGAUAGUCGUGCAGCUCUAGAACUCUUUUUGAGAGCAAAUCAACCUUCCCAAGCAGUUCAAUUAUUGCUUGACAAUCACCAACUUCUUUCACAAUUGAAGACUAGUGAACUUGGGAAUGAAGAAGAGGACGAUGAGGAAGAAAGUAAUGGAAUAAUUGGACAAAUAAUUCAAAGUUUGCAGCAGCAGGAAAUUUUUGAUAAGCUCGGUGAUUUAUACGAAGCAUUGGAAAAGCCAGAAAAAGCUAUGGACGCCUACAACAAUGGAAAUUUUUAUGGAAAAGCAAUCCAGAUUGCUCGAAUUCAUUUCCCUGAGGGUGUGAUUCAAUUAGAAGAAAAUUGGGGUGAUUGGCUUUAUUCUCAGGGAAAUUAUCACUUGGCAGCUACACAUUUUCUCGAAUCUGGGAACACUCUUCGUGCAAUUGAUGCUUCAAUACUUGCCAAGGAAUGGGACAAAGCAUUGGAUAUGUUAAAAUCAAUAGAAUCAACACCCGAAACAACGCCAUUUUAUGAAAAGAUUGCACAUAACUUUGAGUUGACUGGUGAAUUAGAGAAAGCUGAAUCUCUUUAUACUCUUUCUGGCAAAUUUGCUGAAGCUGUAGAAAUGUAUAACAAAGCAGGAAAUUGGGCUAAAGCUUUUAAGUUGGCAGCAGACUUCUUUGGACUCGAAGAAAGUCGACAACUUUAUAGUGAUAAAGCAGCUCAAUUGGCAGAGCAACGACGUUUUAAUGAUGCUGAAGAGCUUUAUGUUGCACUUGGUGCACCUGAUCAAGCAAUUGCUAUGUACAAACAAGCUGAUCGUACCGAUGAUAUGAUGCGUUUAAUGGCCAUUUAUUAUUCUGGAGAAGUUACGACCGCACAAAGGCGUUUAGCUGAAGAAUUUGAACAAAAAGGAGAUUUACGUGCAGCAGAAGAACAAUAUAUGCUUGCUGGGGACUGGGCAGCUGCUAUAGAUAUGUAUCAACAAGCUGGACAGUGGGCUGAUGCUCAUCGAUUGGCAAAAGCGAGUGGAGGUGAAAGGGCGCAUAAACAGAUCUCUUAUUUAUGGGCAAAGAGUUUAGGAGGAGAUGCAGCUGUUAAAUUGUUGCUUCGACAUGAAUUGUUAGAUGAAGCUAUAAAUAUUUCUGUGACUAAAAGUGAUUUUGACUUUGCCUUCGAAUUAUGCCGUCUUGGAGCAGGUCAUCGAUUACAAUUUGUUCAACAAAAAUAUGCAGAACACUUGGAAGAUGAAGGGGAACUUGAUAAAGCUGAGGAGCAAUAUUUGCUUGCAGGGAAAGCACGUGAAGCAGUUAUUAUGCGAAUACAUAACCGAAAUUGGGAAGCAGCUGAACGAAUUGCACAGGAGCAAUGCCCAGAAGAAUUGCCUGAAUUAUUUGUUCAACGAGCUCGAGAUGCUAUUGAAAAUCGAGAUUUUGCCGUCGCCGAGAGUUAUUUACUACGUGCAAAUCGUCCAGAUAUUAUUUUGGCAUUUUAUCGAGAAUCAGCUAUCUGGCAAGAAGCAUUGCGUAUUGCAAGAGAUUAUUUGCCUGAUGAAUUACAAAAAUGCCAGGUUUUUUUAAAAUUGUUGAAGAAAAUUAUUUUAAAAUUCAAGUCUGACUAUGAAGAAUAUCAACUUCUUUCGGGUGCAAAAGGUGCGCAUUCAUUAAUAGCCCAAGCAAAGGAAUGGGAACGACAAAGCGAAUAUCGUCGAGCUGUUGAUUGUUGGAUGAGAGUUGAUGGAUUAACGCAAGACCAACAAAUUGUUUCGCAAUCAUUGGCUAAGGCAGCAGAAUUAAUAGUUAAAUUUUUGGCUGAUUCAGACGAAGAAUCAAUGGAUUUGCUUACACAAGUUGGACAACGUCAAAUGGCUUUACGCCAAUUUCUUGCUGCUGGUGAAACUUUUUUGCUUGCUGAUAAGCCAGUGGAUUCAAUCAAGGCUUUACUAGAAGGGCAUGAAUGGGCAAAGGCGAAACGGGUAGCUGAACAGCUUGCCCCGGAACUGGAGCAACACGUUGAUGAAACGUAUCGGGAAUUCCUUCGCACACACGGACGUAUAGGUGAACUUAUUGACGUUGAUGUUGUUAGUGCAAUUGAUAUGCUUGUUCAAUCCGGCAAUUGGGAGAAGGCUUUAAAUACUGCUAAACAACAAAAGCAUCGACCUCUUCUAGACAAAUAUUUAGCUGCAUAUUCAACAGAAUUACUUGCGAAUGAACAAUUUGAACAAAUUUUGGAUAUUUUCCGAAAAUAUGGAGCUUCAUUCAACCCACAAUUGUUGCCCAUUUAUGAUACUUUAGUUGAUAAGCUUUUAAAUGCACGUCCAAAUAAUAUUAAUUACGAAACAAUUGCAACUUUGCGUGAUUUAUUGCUAGAAAUAUUUCAACAAAUGACAGAACAGACAGAUUCAACAACAGCAACAGAUGAAGUUACUGCUCAAUCAAUUCAACAUUUUGAAAGAUGCCUUUUUGCUACUCAUUUCAUAGCAUUUCAAAAAGCUUUGGAUCUUGUGGUUGAGCAACAGGAGCAAAAACAAAAAUCUACUACACACCAAACAAUGGAUGGUUCUAUUUCUACAAUUAAUGAAGAAUUGAAUGUAUUAAGACUUCGAUUGGGCAUUGCUAUUCUGAGAUAUAUUGAACCAAUACGACCAGAUAAAGCAUUUUAUGAUGCUGGAAGUGCUUGCAAGUUCUGGGGUGGCACAGAUUACGAAAAUAUGACCUUCCUUUUGUUCAACCAUCUUUUGGAUAUUUUGGAUGCAAUUGAUGAAGAUGAUCCUAAUUUGGUGGAUAAUGGGCUUUUUGAAGGAACAGAUAUACCUACAAGUUAUGCCCUUCCAAUGAAUAAAUAUUUGAGUGUAUCAGAACAAGAAGAAGUCAAAGAAUGGGUUUUAGCCAUUUCUGUUGGACGUCAAAAUAUAGAAAAACAAUUGAAAUUGGAUAAAGAACGUGAAAGUUAUGAAGCUAGUUCAAUCGAUUCCCUUGGAGAUGAUUACCCGAUUUGUGUUAUUUCAGGUUAUCCUGUAUUAGAUGAAGGUCAUCAAUUAGGCGGCGGAAGAGUGGCAACACACCAAGCAAGGGCCACAUUUACUGCUUUGGCUAAACAAAACCCAACUGACGAGCUUUUUGAUAUACAACAGUUUUUGGCAAAAUGGGCCGGUGUUUCUAAUUGA